CGCCUCUCAUUUCAAAUUCAGACAGUCCGCCCCCAAUCCAUUCUCAAACAAAACCCUCAACACAAUUUCAAACACAAACACAAACACAAAACACACAAACACAAGUACACAACACAACAGAUGUCUUCUUCUAGAUCAUCCUCUCGUUACAGCAACCGAUCUUCAACCCAAUCCGAUCCAUCCUCUUCAACCGAUCUAACCCAAACAAAAACCCGAGGCGAUGUGUCGUCGUACGCGCUUGCUAGAUCCAAAUCAACCAAGAACAACGACCAGAACCUGAGUGCAAUGGUCAAGAAGUUCAUGGAGAAGAGGUCCACAAAGCCCAAGACACGAGAAUUUGUAGUGGCAGCAGAUGUUAUUGCUGAUGAUUUCCGGAAGAAGGCGGGUAUCCGAGGCGGGACGACGGGGUUUGGUGGGUUGCAUAAGAAGCUGUUUGGGAGUAAGGGGAAAAGCGAUGAGAAAAAGGCGUUGGCGUCGUUGUCGGAUGUGAAGCCGAAUGCCAGGACUUUGGCUAUGGUGUUGAGGAGUGAGAGGGAGCUGCUAAGUCAGAAUAAGGAUAAGGAGACGGAGAUUAUCGAGCUUAAGUUGUUGCUCGAGGAGAAAAACCGAGAGGUUGAUAAGCUGAAGGAUCUGUGCUUGAAACAAAGGGAAGAAAUAAAAGCGUUGAAGAAUGCAAUUCUGUUCCCAGAUGUUAUGCUGCAACCGAAGCAGGAGGCUGACUCUCAAGUAACACUAAAACAGGCAAAACAAAUCAUCCCGUCUUUACAAAGGCAGGUCACGUCUCUCACCGGUCAACUUCACAGCCUUGCUCAGGAUCUAGCAGAGGUGAAAGCCGACAAGUAUUCGGUCAUGGGAUGCUACGAUAAUGAUAGCCUUGUGAGCUCUCCAAGAACACCAACACAUGAGCAAGAAGAAGCAACCAAUUCUCUGGAGUUGAGCUACACAACACCAGGCAGUCCGGAUGACAUGUUUCUAAACGAUUUGAAUCCUUGUUUAACACCGUAUGCCAUAUCCAAGUCAAAGUCUAAGGAGUUUGAAAACUAUUUAUCAUCGGCAUACAAUAAUAAUAACAACACUACAAGGGGUCAUGAGAUUGGGUUCGAGUCUCAUGGUGGUAGAAAGCUAUCAAAAAGUUCGACUCGUGAGCAACAUGUCAACUCUGCCAAGAACUUAAGUCGCAAAUCAGAUGAAAAUAAUAAGUACGCCUAUCGUGGAUGGUAAGCGGUCUGUCGAUGGAACUCCAAUCACCUUUCUACUUGUGAUUUGUUUCAUAAGUUUCUCUACAAAAUAAACUUGUUCUUCUGCGUCGUACAUUGUUGUCAUGAACAAUUUUUUUUGUACAAUUAUAAGUGUUGUGCUUAUAAAUGAUAUAUUUGUUGUUGUGAUAUUCACACCCAUGGUUAAUUU